AUCUCUAGUAAUUAUCAGCACUUUGGAUGGACGAAUUGCUGCGCUGGAUCCAGAAAACAGGGGGAGAAAACAGUGGGAUCUGGAUGUAGGAUCAGGUUCUCUUGUGUCAUCCAGUCUCAGUAAACCAGAGGUAUUUGGAAAUAAGAUGAUAAUCCCUUCCUUGGACGGGGACCUUUUCCAGUGGGAUCGGGAUCGAGAGAGCAUGGAAGCAGUUCCUUUCACAGUUGAAUCUCUUCUCGAGUCAUCCUACAAAUUUGGCGAGGACGUUGUCUUAGUUGGGGGAAAGUCCUUAACAACCUAUGGGCUGAGCUCAUACUCAGGGAAGGUAAAGUACAUCUGCUCAGCUAUGGGCUGUCGCCGGUGGGAUGACGAUGAAACAGAACAGGAAGAGACACUCCUAUUACGCCGAACCCAGAAAACAGUCCGCGCCGUUGGACCACGCAGUGGCAAUGAAAAGUGGAAUUUCAGCGUUGGUCACUUCGAGCUGCGCUAUGUCCCGGAUAUUGAAACUAGAGCAGGAUAUAUCGAGAGCAAUUUUAAAUCAAAUAUGAACAAAGAAGAGACAAAAAUAAUUUCAGAUGUGGACGAGCAGGAAGCGAUGAUGAAAGAUACAGUGAUAAAGGUCUCAGUAGCUGACUGGAAGGUGAUGGCUUUUAACAAACGAGGAGGACAUCUAGAAUGGGAAUACCAGUUUUGCACUCCAAUUGCUUCUGCUUGGCUGGUUAAGGAUGGCAAAGUAAUUCCAAUCAGUCUGUUUGAUGACACAAGUUACACUGCAAACAAUGAGAUAUUGGAAGAUGAAGAAGAUCUUGUGGAAGCUGCCAGAGGGGCCACAGAAUCCAGUGUCUAUUUGGGUAUGUACAGGGGCCAGCUCUAUCUUCAGUCAUCAGUCAGAAUAUCUGAGAAAUUCCCAACCAACCCAAAGGCUCUGGAAUCCAGGAAUGAUAAUGCAAUUAUUCCUCUUCCCAAAAUCAAAUGGAAACCUUUAAUCCAUUCUCCUUCCAGGACUCCAGUGUUGGUGGGGUCUGAUGAGUUCGAUAAGUGUCUCAGUAAUGACAAGUAUUCCCAUGAAGAGUACAGUAAUGGAGCACUUUCCGUUCUGCAGUAUCCAUAUGAUAAUGGUUAUUACUUACCCUACUACAAGAGAGAGAGAAAUAAACGUAGCACCCAGAUCACUGUUAGAUUUUUUGAUGAUACAAACUACAAGAACAUUCGCAAAAAAGAUCCCGUUCUCCUGCUUCACUGGUGGAAAGAAAUUGUUGGCACCAUUGUAUUCUGCAUUGUGGCCACAACUUUCAUUGUACGCAAACUUUUUCAUCCCCAUCCUUACAGCAGGCUGCGGAAGGAAUCUGAGACACAGUGCCAGACCGAUAGUAAAUACGAGCCCGCUUGUGGAGAUGUUAAAGACACUAGCUGGAAUGACGUCAAGAACUCUGGAUAUGUGUCAAGAUAUCUGACAGAUUUUGAACCAAUCCAGUGUCUGGGUCGUGGAGGUUUUGGAGUAGUUUUUGAAGCCAAAAAUAAAGUGGAUGACUGCAACUAUGCUAUCAAAAGGAUCCGCUUACCCAACAGGGACUUGGCUCGUGAAAAGGUGAUGCGAGAGGUCAAGGCAUUAGCUAAACUUGAACAUCCAGGUAUUGUUCGAUAUUUCAACGCAUGGCUGGAAGCUCCACCUGAGAGUUGGCAGGAAAAGAUGGAUGAACAGUGGUUAAAAGAUGAAAGCACUGAUUGGCCACUCAGUUCACCCAGUCCCAUGGACGUCCCAUCAUUUAAGAUCAGAACAGAGCCAUUUUCUACUAAGGAGCACGUUGAAGUUAUUGCCACAUCAUCGGAGAGGAUAAGGUCCGUGGGAAUACCCUGCGGUCAGUCCGAUUCAUCUGGAAGCCAGUUUUCUCCUCUGGAAUUUUCUGCCACGGACAGUAGGGAUUUACACCAGUCAGAAGAUCCACUACUAAACCUUCAGGACAGUGUCCUUACAGGCUGUGAUGUGGAAGACAGUACUGUCAACAGUAACGAGCUGGGUCACUCCUUGGAGAUUUGUCCUCCAGCUGUUCCUGUUGUGCACCUGAGGGAAGGGACCUCCUCUUCUAUUGUGUUUGAGGAUUCUGGUUGUGGAAACGCUUCUAGUAAGGAAGACAAAAUUGAUGUUUCCCAUGAUGAAAACCUUUCUGAGGGUAAGGCAAAAAGUACAAAGGAAUCCGAUAAGAAAUCUUCAGGAAGUCCCCUCUCUGUUUCUCCACCAAGGCCAACAAGUUUAAGCCUGGACCUUUCUAAAAAUAUUACAGAAAAAGUCAAGCCCACUUCCCCAAAGGUGUAUCUUUACAUCCAGAUGCAGCUCUGCCGGAAAGAGAACCUUAAAGACUGGAUGAGCAGAAGGUGCAUGAUAGAGGAGAGGGAAAGGACAGAGUGCCUGCAGAUAUUUCUGCAGAUAGCCGAAGCGGUUGACUUUCUGCACAGCAAAGGAUUGAUGCACAGGGAUCUCAAGCCUUCCAAUAUAUUUUUCACAAUGGAUGACAUAGUAAAGGUUGGGGAUUUUGGACUGGUAACAGCUAUGGACCAAGAUGAGGAGGAGGAAUCAGUACUUACCCCAAUGCCAGCUUAUGCCAGGCACACAGGACAAGUAGGGACCAAACUCUACAUGAGCCCAGAACAGAUCUGUGGGAACACCUAUUCGCACAAGGUGGAUAUCUUCUCUUUGGGACUGAUUCUCUUUGAGCUGCUUUAUCCCUUCAGCACGCAGAUGGAGAGGGUCAGGACCUUAAGUGAUGUUAGAAAUUUGAAUUUUCCACCGUUGUUCACUCAGAAAUAUGCACAAGAGUACACCAUGGUGAAGGGCAUGCUCUCUCCAAGUCCCACUGAAAGACCAGAGGCUGCAGCAAUCAUAGAAAAUCCUGUAUUUGAAGACUUGGAACUCCCACCAAAACCAGUGCUUAGGCAGAGGUCACGGACAAUGAGUUUAUCAGGAAAUAAGCAUUCCAGACAACCAAGCAAAUAA